AUGGGGCACCUAACUCACGGCGAGUUCUUCUCCAAGCUCACCGAGCUGUUCGACUACAGAAAGAACCAAGAUCAUGGAACCAUCAACCUAGUACAAAAGAGGCUAUCCUACAACACCACCACUACCACUGACAAAACCGACCCUCUCGCCGACCUCAACCCCUCCACCUCGCUACCAGUCCUCAUCCGUGCCACCAACGCCAAGGGCAAGGACAGGAGGAAGGAAAAGGUCAAGCUGUCCACCGUUGUCGAGCCGGCCGACCUGGAGGCCUUUUACGGGCGGUACGCCGACGUGUGCAAGAAGGGCAUGGGCGCGCUGAAGCCGAGAGACAGGACCAAGAGGAAAAAGCAGUCGAGGAAGAAGAAGCCCGCUGGUGUUGGCGCGGGUGGGACUUCCAUGAUGGCCAUCCCUUGA